UAACCACUCUUGUGUUGAUGCUGGGCUAGCCAGCUCCCAGCUUCAUCCUACGGUAGGAGUAGCGUCUCCUACCGUUUCUUGCGGAACCAUUUACGCUGGCCGUGCGUUGCGCUUGCAAGAUCUUGAGUUUCAACUUCCGGAAGCUACCGAAAGUGCCCGACGUGUUUUGCAUUCACUUCCGGGUCCUACGAUCCCGACGCGCUCCUCGCGGUUCAGCAGCCUCACCAUACUUCCAAAUCCACUUCGCCGUUCGCUCCCGAAUUCCGUCUUGCCUACCGUUGUUUUCUUCUUCUGAUUUUAUCCGUUCGUUCUACUACGGCGCACAAUGGAUCCGUAUCGGCACGCGAUGCAGUCGUCGUUAGAUCCGUACGGGGCUUCUGCCGGUGCUGCUGCUGCUACCGCUCACGGGUCUUAUCCUCCAAUCAACAUGCUGCAACAGCAUGGUUAUCAGCAGCAGCAGCAGCAGCAGCAGCAGCAGCAGCAGCAGCAGCAGCAGCAGCAGCAGCAGGGUUACUACGAUUCCCCGUCUUCUUCCCUUCAGCAGCCUAUCAUGCUGGAUGGCCAUGGAUCGGGCAAUGCUUAUUCUGUGCAGGGAUAUGCGGAAUCGUCGCCGGCCGAGGGUGCGAUGCGAGGGAUGAACAAGCGCGGUCCUGAUGCAGGCUCCUCCCUCUCCACCCACCAGAGCUAUUACGAGUACCCUUCCAAGCGGCCCCAUUUCGGCAGCACCAAUCUUCCCCCUCUCCCUCCCUCAUCCCACCAUGACCCUUCCCUCUCAUCCUACCCCUCCUCCCUCUACCUAACGUCUGGCACUGACCCUGGCGCGUCCUUUCCCAGCAAUGUAUACUACGAUUCUAGUACCUCAGGCGGCUUAGGUUCUGCUGCAGACGCCUUUUACUCCACCCAGCAGCAGCAGCAGCAGCAGCAGCAGCAGCAGGAACAGCAGGAGCAGGCUCUGUACCCCGUCCGUCCAGGGGAGAAGGAGUGUGCCUAUUACAUGCGCCAUGGCACGUGUAGUUUCGGGGCCACGUGCCGCUUCCACCACCCCCCUCGUGCCUCCUCCUCCCCGUCUGCCCCUUCUGCCCCUUCCGCCUCUGCUGCUUACCCUGGCGCGUCUGCUUCUUCUGCUGCAGCAGCAGCAAUGGCAGCGGCAACGGCUGCGAUGGUAGCAGCAGCAGCAGGUGGUGGUGGUGGUGGUGUGUAUCGUGGUGCAUAUUCUGGUUCUAAAUCGGCUGGCAUGCUGGGGAUGCUACCUGUAGCAGCCGUGAGCGGAGGAGGAGGAAGUAGUGGAGGUGGAAUGACAUCCCAUGGAUCAGGAAGGGAGAAAACGUCUGUGAAGGGUUCUGGAGGGCCGUAUCCGGAGAGACCUGGUGAACCGGACUGUGCGUUUUACAUGAAGACUGGAGCAUGCAAGUUCGGCAUGUCCUGCAAGUUCAACCACCCUCCCGACCGCCAGCAGCAGCAGCAGCCGAAGGCGGGGGGCUCUCAGUCAAACGGCAAAAAAGACAGCACAGCUCCCACAGCUGCAGCUGCAGCAGCAGCAGCAGCAGCAGCACUUGCGGCGCCAGUAGUCGGGCCUGCAGAAAGGCCACAGAGUAACAUAGCAGCAGGGGGAGGAGGAGGAGCAGCGGCAGGAGGAGGGGCAGCCGCCGCCGCUGCUGCUGCUGCAGGGGGGGGUGAAGGGACGGUUGAUGAGGAGGCGAAAGGAGCGGCGGUGGGAGAGGAGGGCGAGGGGAAGGCGGAGACGGAGGAGGAGGGGGAGAGGAGUGUGAAGAAGGAGGAGGUGACAGGCGGUAGCUUGGAAGGUGAACAGAAGAGUGGUGGUGGCGGUGGUACUGCUGGUGGUGCUGCUGGUGCUGGUGCUGGUGGCAGCAGUGGUGGUGGUAAGGGCAAGGAUCAGUUUGGCAAGCCAGCAGCGCUCAACUCAGUGGGACUGCCUAUGAGGCCGGGAGAGACAGACUGUACUUUCUACAUCAAGAAUGGAAGCUGCAAGUUUGGCCCCAACUGCCGGUUCAAUCACCCGGACCCGUCUGCCCUGGCAUCGCCCGCCGCCGCAGCUAAUGCCGUGGCUGGGGUUGGACGUUCUCCAGCAGCAGCAACAGGCUUCCGAUGUCCAGUGCAAUCAUCGUACCUACUUUCUCAAGGGCUCCUUCCCCACCACCCGGGCAUGCUCUCGCCUGCCAUGUCCCUCCCGCUGCUGCCGCCUGGUCCGUCACCCAUGUCUCUGCUGCAACUGCACCAUCACCAGCAGCAGCUGCAGGAGCAGCAGCACUUCCACCAGCUGCAGCAGCAGUUUCCGCAGCGCCCAGGGGAGCCUGAAUGCUCAUUCUACGUAAAGACUGGAAACUGCAAGUUCGGGCCUUCUUGCAAGUUCCACCACCCCCUAAAGCAGCAGCUGCAGCAGCAGCAGCAGCACCACCACCACCACCUUCCUUCUUCCCCGAUGCUCUUCCCUCUCAGCGAUGGGGGCAUGGGCGGCAGAGGAGGAGGAGGAGGAGGAGGGGGAGGAGGAGGGGGGGGGGGGGCGUCGACUCUGUUCUUUUCUCCCCUUCCUGCGCACCUGUCCUCGUCCCCACGCAUGCCUCAGCCUGUGUUUCACCAUCGUGCCACUGCUGCUGCUGCCACUGCCGCUGGUGGUGCUGCUGGUGCGCUGCCAGUUGGAGUGAAGCUCUCUGCUGCAGGUCUCCCUCGUCGCAAGGAUGCCGUGACAUGUGCCUUCUAUAUCAAGACUGGCACCUGCAAAUUCGGGGUGACUUGUAAGUUUGACCAUCCGCCGCCUGGCGAGGUGGCAGCCAAAGCUGCAGCCGAAGCAGCAGCUGCUGCUGCUGCUGCAACCACAGGGGGGGCGGGUGAUGGUGCACCGGUAAAAGCUGAGCUGGAGGUGGAGGGGCAGGAGGAGGGGCAGGGGAAGGAUGUCGAGAGGGGAGGUGAGGAGCAGGAUGGUGGGGAGGCCGAGGAACGAAGUGAGGGGGAGGAAGGGGAAGGGGAGUAGUACCAGGUUAAAGUAUAGAAUGACUGACUAGAAUUACUGUUGUGAAUUUCGGAUGGAAAGGAAGCUGAAAUGUGUUGCUCGAUUUUGAUUGGCUGACGCAACAAUCAGCUUGGUGAAUUGUACAGUGCGACACUUCUGACGCGCUCGCGACUUGAGCGAUUCGUGUGUCAGAAGGGAUCGCAUUGUUAAAAUUAUAUAAGUUAUAAUUUAAUAUAGGCUUGGUAGGUUG